CCCUUGGCCAAGCGUGGCAUAGGUACACCGGCCGAGUCUAGCCUCGUCCUCCAAGCUGGAGGCCCAGGAAUAGCUGCUGGUCUUCGUGCCCAGUAAGGGUGAAGAAGAGAAGAAAGGUGGGAAACAUGACCCCAAGCUAGUCCUUCAUGAGAACUACACUCCGUGUCAGUGGGGAUGCGUUGCGAGGAUUGCCCGUUGUCGCGCCUGGAGCAUCCGCCAGUCUUGUACCGCCAUUUCUUGUCUUACCCUGACACCCUUGAUAUAUGUCUUCAACGGGCCCCAAGCCGUUCACAGGAAGCACGCAACCAUAUUCCCUCUUAGCUUGGUCAACGGUCUUCUCAUUCCCCGGCCUACCACGCGAGUUGAGAAGUAUAUCAGUGAGCCGCCGGUUGACCGUCGAGGUCAAAGAGAGACAUUCCAGAACGACACGAUAUUAGGUGGACUUUCUCUCAUGUUGCUGUCAAGAUGCCCGCAACGACCGAGGACUUGUUCGCAGAGUACUACGGACAGGUGGUUCCAAGAGCCUUCAAUGGCGGCUUCAUCACUCUCAGCUUCGCCGUGAGCUUGAUCGGCGCCGCUUCCACGCUUGAACUUCUCAACAGACGAACUUCACCCAAGGGCAAAUUCAACCACCUGCUCCUGGUCAGCGCUGCGGUGACGAUGGGCGGUAUUGCAAUCUGGUGCAUGCACUUCAUCGGAAAUAGAGCCAUUGACUUGGCCAACGGAGAACCAGAGUUGCAAAUUGCAUAUUCGAGCGGCUUCACAGCCUUGUCUUUCUUCGUCCCUAUUGCCGUACUUCUCGCUGCAUUUGUUGCCGUCGGUAUCAACAAUACCGUUUCUUGGUGGCGAGUCUGCAUCGGAGGUGUUUUGGCUGGUGCUGCAAUCUGCGGAAUGCAUUAUCUCGGAAAUAACUCCAUCGACAACUACAUCUGCAUCUACAACCCGAUAAAUGUUGUUGGUGCGGCACUCAUCGCGGUCGCUGCUAGCAUAGUGGCUCUCGCCCUCUUCUUCGUCUUCCGCGCAGCCUGGACGACAUCCUGGUGGAAACGAGCUGCUUGCUCUGUCGUCUUGGCUGGGGCAGUCUCUGGAAUGCAUUGGUGUGCUGCCACAGGUACCGAGUAUCAACUCGUUCGUCUCAACGUUGGAAGCAACGAGCUAUCCCGCAACACCACCGUAAUUGUCGUUAUUUGUUUGUCCAUCGGUGCCUGCUUCGUCAUGGGCGGAACAGCCAUUUACACUGCCCGUAUCAUGAGGCGCUAUGCCAGCAAGGCUCAGCAGGUCGUUCUCGCAGCUGCGGUCUUCGACAAACACAACCGCAUUCUUGUCAACCCCGAUGGUCUGAUUCCUACAGAGAAGAUCACCGACACAUUCCUCGAGAAAAAUCCUAGCGACAACUUUAGCAUCGCCCACCCCUUAUUCUUGUGGAUGUUCCAGGCGUCGCGGAAUUGGUCUGGUAUCUCGACCCUUAUUGGGGGAAUGACAAACCACCUUGCUCACCUCCCAAGGCGUGGCCGCGACCGUGACUCCCGCGCCGGCAUCCAACUGAUCAACGAGUAUGGCGAGUUGAUAGAGAAUUACGACGUUAUUUUCCGCGAGCUCUUUUGCGUUGCGGCUGCUGGUCUCGCAGAGAAGAUGAAGGAGCAUCUGACAUCUGUUGGACUCUUGUGGGACGAGAUCUUGCCGACGGGUGCGAGUGGAGAGCGUCCUGGACAUGAGACGAGCAGCCAACAAGAUGUCGACACCAUUCUGAGACCCGACGGCUCCCUAAGGAAGGUCGAAGCUACUAGUAACAGUGACGAUCUUGCGGAAAAGGGAAUCGGCCGCCGCAAGGCUCACGAAUUCGGGCGGGGUUCUCUCAUGUUCUUGGUGCGCCGAGUGCAGACUGAUCGAGAGAUUGAGAGACUCGAGGCUGCCGGCUACCGUUUCGCAGAGCUCCGCCAGGUGAGCAACAUCAUCGCGUCUAGCAUGCAGAUCCAGUCGAGGGACCUGGCAACGAAGCUACAGAACAUGGCUUCGUACGUCAACGACAACAACCAGCUUGAGCCCGGCGUACAUGUGGGCUUCUUUGGCAUUCGCGCUCGAGUAGGUAGUUAUGGGUUCGACGUUGCUGUUCGCAAGGGGGCCCGACACCUACUACCCAGCGUGCAACUGCCCAUCGACCGAGUCGAGCCCUGGCAUCUGAACUUUCUCCAGCAGCUGGACCGGCUAACAACGCUCGGCGUGAGUAGAAGGAUUGCUUCUAUGAGCAACCUGGGCACGCGAGAGAUGCUCUUUGCAACGCAGUUGACCGAAAGUCUCGACGCGUUGAGAACUUGGAUCGACGAUCCGAUCUUCAAUGAGGCCAUUCUCACCAGCACCGUGGUCACUCUACCUGCAGGCGCAGGCGAAGGCUCGGCAUUACAACCGACAAGCUUGAUCGCUUUCCGCUUGGUUAUCCCGAUUCACGUCAUAUUCUCCAGCCCCAAGUGCGAUUUUGUUCCGUUGAACUUUUUCAAGGUCCAUCAACUUGUCGGUCGAGACGCAUCGCGGCAUCUUGCCUUUACUCAGUCGGUGCAUCGCGAGCUGGCACCGGUCGUCCAAUCUGUGCCGCUCGAAAAGCCUAGUCCGGCCAUGGCCAAAGACAGGAAGUUCCGCUUCCCGUCGCGUCUUCGUAACCUUGGUCGCUUCGGCCUGUCGCACCCCGCUGACUCGGAAGGGAAUCCGAUCCCCACAGCUCUUGGACGCUCUUCAUCGAGGACGAAUUCGAAUGCAUCAAGCUCGACCCUCAAACUCUGGACAGGUCGACGAGACAGUGACCCCAUGUCACCGGGCACUUCGAGCUUCGAUGGGCCGCCUCCCACGUACUCGAACAACGAGGCAGCAAACCAGUCCUCGCCGUUUGGGGGCAUCAUGGUGUCAGAAGAGAUCCGUGUCGAGAUUCACAAAGCCGACGAAAUGUCCCACACCGGGUCUCACGAUGUGGGUGUUUCCAACCGAAGAACACCGACGAUGCUAGGCAGAAGAGCCAGCGAUAACCCCGGAAACAUGGCCGGCAGCAUUGGCGGUGACCAGACGGUGGCCGUAAAUGACGACGGUCGCGGUCCUAGUGCGAACGGCAGUGCCAUUGAGAUGCGAACACUACAGGUGGCUGAGGUGAGAACCAACGUUCAUGCUGGCGGCGGCAUGCAGAGUUCGAAUGUUGAGGCGGAAAGAAUAAAUGAUGUACCGACGUUCGUCGACGAACUCUUCACCAUUGCCAUCGAGAGCCGAUAAUCAUUUUGGAAAAAAAUAAUAACACCAAGGUUCUGAAGUCGGAGUUUUUUGUGUACUUGGUGUUUUGGACGAAGGCAGGUAGCAUGGCUAGAU